GCGCUAAUUGGGCCAGCUCGCACCGGGGAAGUACCACACCCCCACAGAAGACCGCCGUGAAAUAGUAUUCAGCUGUUUCGUUCGUUACAAUGCGGCUUCUGAUAUUCUGUGUCGCUGCGGCGCUGGUCGCCGGCGAGAGCGAGUACCUCCUGCCCGAUGACGUCAUACCCACACACUACGACGUGAAACUAGCCUAUGAUAUAGAUCCCGCGACCAACUUCACACACUUCGGCGUUGUUGAAAUUACGCUAACGGCGAAACGACCGACAUCGAAAAUAGUCCUGCACGCGCAAGAUUUCUCCAUAGCCAAUGAAAAAAUCACAUUGACAGGUCAAAAUCACGAAUACCAAAUUAUGGGUGUGGAUUUGAACGAUACCUAUAAUUUCUUGACUCUGAAAAUAGAUAGAGAAUUAAAGGAAGAUAGGAUUUAUAAGCUGUCUAUACCUUUCUAUGGAAAUUUGAAGCAAGGUCUGGAUGGGGUCUACAUUAGCUCCUAUGUGGAUACGAAGAGUAAGAAGAAAGAGUAUCUAAUAGCCACCCAAUUCGAGGCCAUAUCUGCCCGCAAAGGGUUCCCGUGUUUUGAUGAGCCGAUGUACAAAGCCACGUUUUCUAUCAACAUAGCCCACAAUAAGGACUUCACAGCCGUUUCUAACAUGCCUCUGGAAAGUUCUUCCAGUGAUAAUGCUCUAGAAGAUUUCUGGCCGUGGGAAAUGAUGAAACAAUCUUUCAGUGCACCACGCGAACAAUUUAUAUGGGACCAAUUCGAAAAAUCGGUCCCAAUGUCCACUUACCUCGUGGCGUUCGUAGUCUCCAAGUUUGCUUACGUAGACAGUCCACCCGCUUUAUCCACAACUAAGUUCAGGAUCUGGUCGAGGAAAGAUGCUGUGGAUCAGACAGCCUACGCAGCCACCAUCGGUCCCAAAGUGUUAUCGUAUUUCGAGAAAUUCUUCAACGUGUCGUUCCCUCUGCCCAAACAAGACAUGAUAGCCAUUCCGGACUUUUCCGCUGGAGCCAUGGAGAACUGGGGACUGAUCACUUAUCGGGAAACUGCGUUAUUGUAUGAUAAGCGACAAUCGUCGUUCUUGAACAAGGAGAGAGUCGCUGAGGUGAUAGCCCACGAGCUCGCCCACCAAUGGUUCGGCAACCUGGUGACGAUGAGGUGGUGGUCGGACCUCUGGCUGAACGAGGGGUUUGCGACGUUCGCGGCGUCGCUGGGCGUGCGCGCCGCCGAGCCCGCGUGGCGCGCCGAGCGCGCGUACGCGGUGGCCAACAUCGCGUCCGUGCUGGCGCUCGACGCGCUCGAGUCCUCGCACCCGGUGUCAGUACCAAUAGACGAUCCGAAGCGUAUAUCAGAGAUUUUCGAUGAGAUCUCGUACAGAAAAGGUUCUACUUUAAUCCGCAUGAUGACCAUGUUCCUGGGCGAAGAUGUGUUCAGAAAAGCUCUGCAUAACUACCUCAUAACACACUCAUACAACAACGCAGAACAGGACGACCUCUGGAAGGAACUCACUGAAGUGAGCCAACAAAAUGGCGGACUCACUCGCAACGUGACCGUGAAACAAGUGAUGGACACUUGGACACGACAGACCGGAUAUCCGCUGCUCACUGUCACGAGAGAUUACGCUGAUAAAUCUUUGGCUAUAUCGCAGAAACGCUACCUCUCACUCGGCACUUCAAAAACCACCACAUCUUGGUGGGUCCCGCUGAGUGUGCUGUGCGAGAACGAAUCUGAGAACCAACAGGUGCAGUGGUUGUCCCAAACGGAAGGUGUGUCUAAUGAGUACAGAUUCGAGCACAGCGCUUCGCCUGAUGAGUGGGUGCUGUUCAAUUAUAAUAUGAUCGCGCCCUACCGCGUGAACUACGACACGCGCAACUGGCAGUUGCUGGCCAGCACACUCAAACGGUCGCACGUUCGAAUCCCGGAGCUGGGUCGGGUACAACUACUUUCUGAUGCGUUCGAGCUCGCCUGGUCCAACCGACUCGACUAUAGCACUGCACUUGACCUAGCCAGCUACCUCCAACACGAGGAAGACUACCUCCCACUAUCCACUGGCCUCUCAGCGCUCAUAAAAAUCGAGAACGUUCUAAAACGCACGCCCCACUACGGCGCGUUCCAGAAGUACAUGCGCAAGAUCGUGCGCAAUACGUACCAGAAGGGCGGCUUGGCGCGCAAACAGAUUGUCAACCCGGAUGAUUUAAAUAGCGUGAAGAUGCAGGUAGCAACAAGCUCAGCAGCGUGUCGCGCAGAAGUUCCAGGUUGCGUCGAGAACGCACUCGCGCUUUUCCAGCAGUGGAUGGAAACUAGCAAUCCUGAUGAGAAUAAUCCGAUCCCCCUCGACCUCCGCUCGACCGUGUACUGCGCAGCGCUGCGGCGCGGCGGGGCGGCGGCCUGGCGCUUCGCCCUGCAGCGGCGUCGCCACGCGCGCGUUGCCGCCGCGCGAGAUGCGCUGCUGCGGUCGCUCGCCUGCACUCGACACGUGUGGCUUCUCGCGCAGUACCUAGAAUGGUCUAUAUCGGACAACUCGGACAUUCGUCGGCAAGACGCCGCGUCAGCAAUAACGUCAGUACUUACAUCUGACGUCGGUUACUACAUUGCUAAGGACUUCGUGUAUACACGCAUUGAAGAUAUGUAUAACGCGUUCCAAGGCCAAGGUCGCCGGUUGGGCUACAUCAUAAAGACACUGCUCAAUCAAUUCACAACACAAAGGGAACUUGAUGAGUUCCUCAAGUGGUCGGCUGAAAACAGCAAAUACCUCGAAGAAGCCAAACUCAGCGUGUCGCAAGGCGUCGAGCGAGCGCGCGUUAACAUCGCUUGGCUCAAACGAAACGCGCAGCAAGUUGUUAACGAUAUGCGGCAUGCCUCGCAGUAAGAUAUACACGACAAACUAUAAACUGCUUUCAGUGUAUUUGUUCAACUCGCAGUGAGAACACACAUACAGUACACUUGAUAUAUAUUACACACAAUAUCCUAGCUACAGUGAACAUUAUACAUUUUCAUUUAGUGUACACAACUGGCAGGGUUCACAGUACAUUACACGCUAUAGAUAUUUUACACUAAAGUACACACAUAACUGGCAAAGCGUUACACGUUGUUCGAAAUUAACUCUAUUCGUACAAUAACACUCGCAGUAACAGUGGCGUAGCUCGGGGGACAGGGGCCCUAGUGCAUAGGG